AUGGCUUCUGUUAUCAAGUUCGGCACUUUCCCCGUGACCAAGCAGGUUUUCUAUAAAACCCCCUUCACCUUCGCUUUUGUCAACCUCAUGCCCAUUGUUCCUGGCCAUGUGCUUGUUUCCCCUCUGCGAGUUGUUGACCGAGUCUCUGACUUGACCGAGGAGGAGGCCUCCGACUUCUUCCUCACUGUCAAGAAGGUCGCUGCUGUUAUCGAGAAGGAGUACCCCUCUCAGUCUCUGAACAUUGCCAUCCAGGACGGUCCUCUGGCCGGCCAGACCAUCCCCCACGUCCACUGCCACGUUAUCCCCCGUGUUGCCAACGACCUCGAGUCUGUCGAUGCCAUCUACCGAAAGAUGGACGCCAAGGAGUACGACCAGGAGGAGGGCUUCGCCGCAGCCAAGAAGCUGUACGACCGAAACGCCUUUGCUGGUGGUAUCGACGCUGGUACUCCUCCUCGAACCGCCGAGGACAUGGAGGCUGAGGCUCAGAAGCUCGCCAAGAACUUCGAGUAG